UGUCAUUUCCUACAAAUGGAUUCUCAAAAACUUUUCAAAUGCAUCUACUACAGCGCCAAGUAUUUGGCUUUAACUUCUAUUACUAUCGAUUUCAAAACCAACCAAAUUCGCAAACCAACCCGCUGGAGUACAAUUAUUUUCAUCGCAAUUCGAAUUAUUUUGCUCUACUCCAUAAUCUUCUUCCAUAAACCCUUGAUGGGAAUACCAAAAUUACUGGAACUUGGACAUGUAUUAAACUUUUUGCAACCAGUUAAACAUAGUUCCCUUACUUUGGCUGCAGUUAUUCUUUGUAUAAAUUGGACUUUGUGUGAUGUACAAAAUGCCACACAUAGAAUGCUCAAACAGUUCUUUAAAGUUCAGCAAGCUAUUGUCAAAAAAAUUGCCAAUUCAAAGAUAUUAAAUACAAAAAAGAUCCAAUACUUGGCUAUUUCAAAGUUUUUGCUGUCAUUUAUUGACACUUUGCGUGAUGCUAGAAGUGGAUUUCCAGAGCUUCUUGCAUUUGAUUUAAAGUGUUUUGUAUUUUAUGCGGGUUGUUUUCUGUCAUUGGGUGCUACUCUAUUGGUGGAAAUCUGUUUUAUGGGAUUUCUUGUGAUUGAAGUUUAUUACCAGCAAAUGAAUGCCCAUCUAAGACGUUUAGCGGAUAGAUUAAAAUUACUUGAUAAACGUCAAUGCAGCCGUCAUGUACAAAUGAAAGUUCUUUGUGAGGCCGCAGAUGAACUUGACGACAGUGGAAUAAUUCUGUCGGAUAUUUACCGUGCCGCUCAGAGUUUCUUUUCAAUAUGUCAAAGCAUUUUGUUCUAUUCCAUUUUUUACAAUUUCUUUUACAUUCUUGUCGAAUUUAGGGAGAGAUUUUAUGAGAAUAAAAAUAAAGGAAUUUUUAAAUGGGAAUGUUUAGUUGAUGUUUUGCCAAAUUUGGUAAAUCUAUUACUUUUUAUAUUUUGUGCUGAUAAGACAGUACAAAGAUCAAGAAGGAUCAAAUUGAUCGAAUUCGAUGUUAUAUGCUCUGGGAUGGACAGCCGAUGGGAUGAAAGUGUGGAAAUGUUUUUAAGUCGACAAAAUAUAGAAGAAUUACACGUGAAAGUAUUUGGUCUUUUCGAGUUGAGCAAAGAGUUUGCGAUGCUCUUGUUUUCGGGCGGAGUCACCUAUUUGUUUUGUCUUAUCCAAUUGGACAACAUGUAAAAGCAUAUAGAGUGUGUAUUUGUAUAGAAUAGUGCAAAAUAUUACUGUUGACUAAUUUAUGA